AUGUCGCACCUGCCAUCCAGCUUUGAUGGUGCUGAACAAGAUGUAGACGACAUGACUUUUUACGAAAAAAUGAUUUUCCAUUGCAAACAGCAGCCACUAGUACCAUUAGGUACGCUUGCUACAAGUGUAGCAGUCAUUUUGGCAGCACAGAACGUCAGAUCCGGCAACAAACGCAAGGCCCAAAAAUACUUCAGAUGGCGUGUUGGUCUACAGGGAGCGACGUUGGUUGCAUUGGUCGCUGGUAGCUUUAUAUACGGCACAUCUCAAAAAGAUCGUCAAUCCAAAGAAGACCAGUUGCGGGAAAAGGCCAAAUUAAGAGAAAAUUUGUGGAUCCAAGAGUUGGAGCGUCGUGACCAAGAAACUCAGCAGCGGAAGUUGAGAGCAGAACUGGCUCGUGCCAAAACCCAGGCUCUAGAGUCCGAGGCAGAACAGCUGCAAUCUGAACUCGACAAUGUGUCGAAAGGGUCCGGAAAACGCAAUUGA